AAUGUUGUUUUGCAAGCGUUAAUUAAUCACGAUGGUCAAUUGCUAGUUGUUUUCAAAGAGGGAAAGAAUGUUGAUUCUGAAAAAGUUACUUUUAUUGGAGCAUUGGGAAAAAUUAGUUUAGAGAUUUUUGAAGCAGAUAGUUUUGAACAGAUUAUUAAUUCAUGCAAAAAAAUUAAGUUACAAGGUUUAAAAAGAGUGAAAAUAACUAAUUUAGAAAAACAAGAAGAAGUUUGGAAGGGGGAGCAUGAAGAUUUAUUAGAAAAAGAAAUAGAUGAAAGAACAUUGGAAGAAUUAACUGAAAAAUUUAUUCGCCAUUUUUCGAAUAUUCUUGAGAAAACUAAGUUAGGCACAAUCGAAAAAUUUCCUUACGUGACUAUGAUGAAAGGAAAUAUCAGUAAUCUUAUUGACUUUAUUGCCCAAAAUGGUCAAGAGAUAGAUCCAUUAAUUAAAUGGAAAAUAUUUUCUUCUUUGGACAUAAGAGAAAGAUUAGAGUUACUAAUUAAUUUACCUGAUCGGCAGAAGAUUGAAAAUGAUAUUGAAAAAGAUACACGAGAGCGAAUCAAUAGCCAACAAGAAGAGUAUUUUUUACGAGAAAAACUAAAAGCUAUUGAAAAGAGAUUACGAGGAAAAAAGAGUCGUGAAGGAAGUGAAAUGAAUAAGUAUUUAGAUCGACUAGCAAGUUUUCCUUAUCCUGAUUAUGUUAAGAAAGUGGUUCGAGAAGAAAUUGAGCGCUAUGACUCGAUGCCGAGUAAUUCUAGCGAAGCUAACAUUAUUAAACAAUACGUGGACUGGUUGAUAAAUCUACCCUGGUACCAAAGAUCCAAGGAAAUUAAUGAUGUAGAAUUUGCUCGCCAGAAGUUGGACGAAAAACAUUAUGGUUUGUCGGAAAUAAAAGUAAAAAUUAUUGAAUAUUUAGCUGCUCAACAAAAAGCUAAUAAGUCACUAGGGCAAGUUAUUUGCUUGGUCGGUCCGCCGGGGGUGGGAAAAACUUCCUUGGCAGCCUCGAUUGCCGAAACUACUGGACGAAAAUUCGUUAGUAUUUCUGUAGGGGGGAUUCGUGAUGUGGCCGAAGUCCAAGGUCAUCGUCGCACCUAUAUUGGUGCUAUGCCAGGCCGAAUUAUCCAGGCCAUGAAAAAAGCUCAAGUUAUUAAUCCUUGUUUUCUAAUUGACGAGAUUGAUAAAAUUUCUUCUGAUUAUCGUGGUGACCCAGCUUAUGCGCUAUUGGAAAUUCUCUUAAAUUAUUUACAUAGUUUUUCAA